CGUCCACCGCAGCUGGGAGCCGCUUCUGGGAACCUGGAGCCACGGAGGGGAACAACGUCAAACUAAAGAAAGAGGAGAUGGAGGUUUGCCACACUGGAUUCUACACUGAGGACUUCAGCACACAGGAAGUACCUGCAGGCUUCGACUUCACGUCUUAUGACUGUCCAGGUGAAGACCCGUCCCUCCUGUUGGACAGUAAGGCCUUCGGGCCGCAGCAGUACUACCCAGAACCUCCUAAAGCUCCAAACAUUUACCACCACAGCAAAGCAGGUACUGCCGAUACCGGACUCUUCAACCUGGACUCACACCAGGACUUUACCUGGUUGUACCCACACGACGGUCUGACUCUGGACCAGAACCAAACUGGGUACCAGGAGGCCCUGCAGACCUACCAGAACCUGCCUCAGGCCGGACCGUUCAGCCCGGGCCUGGAGGGCAGCCACAGCCCGUUCCUGACCCGGAGAGGAUCCAACCCGUUCCAGAAUAAAAGCGAUCAGAGUUUCUACGACUCAGACGGACACAGACAGGUUUCUCCCUUCUGGCCUGAAUAUUCACCUCCCAGCUUCACCUCCAGCCCGCUUCACCCUCCUCCUCCUCCUCUUCCUCCUCCUUCUUCUUCCUGCCCGUCGAACCCCAGCACUCAGCCUGCAGAGCACUACUGCCCCCGUGUGGCCAAACGCAAGAACACCCACCUGCAGAGGCCAGAGAGGGAGGGGCAGGUAACGGGCAUGUCCGCGUAUCCAGGUUCUGGUCCGAUCCAGCUGUGGCAGUUUCUCCUGGAGCUUCUUCUGGACUCCGCCUGCCGGACCUUCAUCUCCUGGACCGGAGACGGAUGGGAGUUUAAGAUGUCUGAUCCCACCGAGGUGGCCAAACGCUGGGGUCAGUGCAAGAACAAGCCGAAGAUGAACUAUGAGAAGCUGAGCCGCGGCCUGCGCUACUACUACCACAAAAACAUCAUCCACAAGACGGCGGGCAAACGCUACGUCUACCGCUUCGUCUGCGACAUGCAGGGCAUGCUGGGAAAAACGGCGCAGGAGGUGCUGAGCAGCCUGAGCGUCUCACCCACGAACACAGAGACAUGGCCGGCCUCUGGGGCGGCGGCCGAGCCCAGCGGCGGGGCCUGGUGAGGGCCCGGUCCGG